AUGUAACUUAAAUGUUGAUCGGUCAGCCAUCUGCUGAUGUUGCAGCCAAAGCCACGUCAUAUUUUGUAUGCUUUGUGACUUAGGAGUGUGGAGUAUUUCUCGAUCCUCUUAUAAAAUUUACUUUUAAACAUCCGAAAAUAUGAAUAUAUUUCGACUCUUAGGUGACUUAUCACAUCUUCUUGCAAUUAUUAUUCUUCUUCUCAAAAUAUGGAAGACACGAAGCUGUGCCGGUAUUAGUGGCAAAUCGCAAAUUUUAUUUGCAAUUGUAUAUACAACGCGUUAUCUAGAUUUGUUAACAACAUAUAUAUCAGCAUACAAUACAUUUAUGAAAAUCAUUUUUAUUGCAACUUCCUAUACUACAGUUUUUUUAAUGUAUGUGAAAUUCAAAGCUACAUAUGAUCAUAAUCAUGAUACUUUUAGAAUUGAAUUUUUAAUUCUACCCACAUCACUGUUGGCAUUAUUAAUUAAUCAUGAGUUCACAAUUAUAGAGAUUCUAUGGACAUUUAGUAUUUAUUUGGAAUCUGUAGCAAUAUUGCCACAAUUAUUUUUGGUAUCAAAAACAGGAGAAGCUGAGAGCAUUACCAGUCAUUAUCUUUUCGCUUUGGGAUGUUAUAGAGGCUUAUAUCUGUUAAAUUGGGUGUAUCGUUACUAUGCAGAAAAUUAUUAUGAACUAAUUGCUAUAGUUGCUGGUUUAGUGCAAACAAUUCUUUAUUGUGACUUUUUCUACCUCUAUAUUACCAAAGUAUUGAAAGGCAAAAAAUUACAACUACCUGCUUAGUUGUAUAAAAAUAUUAUCAUGAAAAAUUUUAUAUUGCUCAAAAGAGCAAUAUCAUCAUUAAUUAAAUUUAUAUAAUAUAAAUUUUGGCAAUCUUUAAAAAAUCGAGGAAUGCUCGUGUACAAAGUAUACAUUUUAUUAAUUGUAAAGCAUUCCAUUUUGUUGUAUUUUCAUCACAAAACAUCCAUGUAUAAUUUUUCAUCUUUAUCCUAUAUAGUUACAUUUAUAUUUUAAACUGUUAUUUUCUCAUUGGUUUUUCAGCAUAUUGCAUCUUUAAAUAAUAUAUAAUGUAUGUGUGAUACUUAUUUCAUUUCAAUGAUAAAUAACAUAUUAAAAUACAAAGUACAUAAUUGGAAAUGAAGAUUAUCAUUUCAAAAUUUGUUACAUGUCCUAGGAAUUAGAAAUUAUAAUUAUAUUAAUAAUAUAUUUUCAAUUUUUGAUAUAUUAAUUUUAUUCAAAUGAUCAUAUUAGUUGGUUAACAACGCAGACUUAUAUAUUUUACUAAAUCGGUUACAUGUAUUGCUUCACUUAGAGUUGUUACUCUAUCUUUUAUAUAUAUAAUGCCAUUUUCAAGACUAGUCGUAUUAACAGAAAUUAUGAAAGGUACCAAGCAUGUAUCUAUAAUUUUUUCUGAACUGGUUAAUAUUGUAUUCAGGCCUUUUGUCCUUAAGAUGUUAUUUAAGUAAAGUACAAAGCGAUUUAAAUCAUCAUUUUGAAUGUUCUCUUUAUCAUUUAAUUUUUUUAUAUGAAAUGCAACUUUGUGUGGUGCUAAUUUGGAAUGAAGAUGCAUUGUAGUCGAGUUAUUCAUAUCACAUAUGUCACAAAGUAGUGCUAAACAUCCCCAAUCUAAAGACAUUCUUUGUUCAACCAUUUGUAUGUUGAUAAAAUCUUUUUUACUAUUAACCUAAAAAUAAAAUGGUCCAUAAAAAUAA